AUGAGCCAGGCAGCCGCCGCCGCGCGCCUAUUUGAGGCGCAGUUCAAUCAUCUGGUUCUGCCGGCUAGCCUGCCACACAAACGCGACUUCAACCUUCCUCGCCUUGAGGCUGCCAUCACAGACCGUCUGCUCCGAGCCUGUCACCUUCUUCGGGAAUCAGCAGCGGGCGACAGCUACUUCGAGUGGGAUAAGCUACGCCGCAUCCUCCUCAUCGCCAAGGCUGUCAACCUUGAUGGCAGGAUCGAAAAGCUUACUCUGAUCCAAGAGUUUCGCCAUCUCGAACAUGACGGCUUUUUGAUACUACACAUCGCAGAGCAGAAUGCUGGCCUUCUUGUUCGCCGACUCAACAGUGACCACGGCCAAGAGGUCGCUUUUGAGGCUUUCGAAGCCUCACCUCGCUCCAAAGACGUGCUCGCUACCGAAACGGCUUUGGAAUGGGAGUUUCCAGGCGGUGCCGUCGCCGUGCCGUACACAACCUUCGCUAACGACGGUUUCCAAGACAGCGUCGCCAGCUUUUUGCAGCAAUGCAGCAUAGAGUCGAUAAAACGCUUUGCUGCACGUGCCGAUAAGGGCGGCUCUUCUGCCAUCGAGACCCGCGAUACAACGGACCCUGCCAUGAUAUCGUCGCUGCUCAUGACCGUCCUCGAAGCUCAUGGCCGACGCUUAUCGACGCCUUUGCUGCGCAAGCGCGUGCGCGACAACGUCUGCUGGGGCGAUGGAGCAGAAAACCCAUGGCGGAGGCUUCCCUUCUGGCUAGUGCUACGUGUUGGGCUUGCAAGAUACCUAGCGACACAGCAUGGCGGCGAGAUCGGCAGGCUGCGCUACAAACUCCUCAUGUCCGUCACGCUCGCUCAGCUGCUCCAGGACUCUUUGAGCCAUCUCGACCCGCAGAACAUCUCGACCCUGAAGGCCAAGCUCGCACGCCGCCUUGCGAAGCUGGAGAUGGCCAAAGACCGAGCCUCUCGACCUGUCCACAUCCACUACGACUCUGCCUUCGCUACCUUGAAUCCGAAAUUCCAGGCAAUAUUGCAGGAAGCAAAUCAACAUGUUGAGAAUGUGUGGGGUGCACUCAAAGGGAGCAUGAAGAGACCCAUUCGAAAGCUCACUCGCUACGCGCAUCCGGACCACUUAAGGCUCACUUUACCAAAGUCCAGCCGCAUCCUGCACAGCAUUCUGAACAAUCCUAUAGUCAUGGACAACGUACAGAUGCAUCCGGUUAAUCUCGAUAUGGGUGCUGCCAACCAGAACAUGAGACCAUUGGCAACCCACUGCUUCUCUCUGGCUCAGUUCGAAAUGGACGUGGAACAGGGUCAUGCCAUUGCUGGCGCGUCGACUCUGAGCGAUGUGUGUAUGGAAGCGCAUCGAAAGAUCGAUAGCUACCUCGACCUAGUCUCUUCUGCCUACGAUGGCAACCCGGAACAAAAGAGCAUCAUGAUCUUGACAGUCAUGGACCUGUGGGUGACCUUGGAUCGGGCUGCCACAAGGCUGUUCGGAUUGCUUCUAGCCUUCUCGCCAGGCAUCUCUCCCGAGGCCCUUGACGUCCUUCAGCUUCCCCGCUUUUCCGACAUGCAACGUUUGCAGAAGAUUCAGAGCUGGCUUCGCUUGAGGCAGGAGAAGAGCAAGUUCACUAAGGAAACCAUCUUCGACAAUCUACACCCCGGCUGCUUCGCAGAACGUUACUACGACGAACUGGAUACUGGAACCCUUCCAGAGCUUCAUGAGCGCAUUGAACAUGCUGCAGAAAAGGCUCGGCAACGCAAAGAGGAAGAGUUCGAAGGCCUCAGUGAAGAGUUCGAGAACCUGCUUCAAAGAAUCGCAGAAAUGUCAUGCGUCUACUUUGAUGACGGGUUCCUGAGAGAACAUGACUCCAAAAGAUGCACAAGGUGCUUCUACGAACGAAAGGCAAAAAGGAUGUUCAUCGCAACUCACGAGCACUUCCUACCCAGCGACCCUGUUCAUGCCAAAGCUGUUGUUUUUGAGCUGGCCUGCCCUCCUGCUUUUGCAGUAUAUCGCAGCGCUACCUGGAAGGUCUUGGGUGUUUUGGGCCGUCCCAAACUGACAUGCCGCGAUGAGCCUCGUUUGCUGAUUCAGGAAUAUGGCCCCCUCAUGCCAUACUCAACUCCUCGCACAGGUGGAAUCACAUUAGGCUCGACAACCAAGUCAUUUCUUGGAACUCAUUACCGCAAGGUCUGGUUCCCGGCCAGUCUGGAUAAUGUCUGCUUGCCAAAUCCGCUGCGACUCAACUACUUCGACAAAUUUACGGGUUCCUGGCCUGGUUCGGAGAAGGGGAAACCGACAUUUGCACAUCAUUGCCAAGUGAUGAUUCCUCCCAAGUCCCCAUUCUCCUCGCUGCUGUCACAACCCCAGUUUGCACCGGAUGCCAAUGGCCCUCCGUCAAACGACGUCAUCGCUAGCCAAGCUCGCUGCCCACCAGGUGUCUCCUCACAUGAAUACAUGGCCUUCCAGAGCUUGUUCUCCGGAAAACACCGCAGAUGGCCUCUCCUACUUGUGGAGUUGGCAUCAUCAAAUCUCAAUUUCAGCGCAGAAGCAACGUCCUUACUGGUCUCUCAGCUCUCGUCACAGGCCGGUCCGGAACAUGGAAAAGACCCUCUUCGAACCGUACACCAAGUCUUCCGUGACGCGUCCUUCUGUGAGAAACUGCUCGAGCAAAUUCGGAUACGGUUGGAAGUCGUAGUUGCAAACUGGAGAGAGACGAACAGUAUGAACAUGCUCAUCACUCUACUUUUGCGGCUGGUUGCUUUGGGUUGCCGGGAGCCUGCAGAUGACGCUCUGGUCUUGCUUGAUCGAGUCCGACGCAUCACUCACAACUGGAUUUGCCAGCUGCGCUCUGAAAUCCACAAAGCAACUGACGCUGAGACCUCCCGCCGGUGUUCGAGGUAUGCCCUUUGGGCCGCGCUUCUCUGCCGAAGAACUUUCUCUAUGUACUGUGAGUAUGAUUAUCAAAGACUACAGCAGACCAUAUCAUCAGCGGAUCUCCAGAGCUUCGUUGAAUCCUCCAUUACUCUGCAAGACAAUAUGGUCAGCGACCCAGCCAGCUUGCCUGCAGUGUUGCGCCACGCUCUUAUGCGGGACCUCAAGAUGGUUCACCGUUUGAAGUUCUUCAUUCGUCAGUCAAUCACUGUGAACUCUGAAGGGUUGAUUGCCGCAAUCAACAACGUAUGGCCGUCUGUGCCAGGAUCUACCUCGAGGACCUGCUCCGACUUGGAGUUCCUCGGCUCUCCUAACGCCUGGACAAUCAAGCUCACUUUUGAGGGUGGGGAGCAAAGCAAACAGCAAUCGGUUCAUUACGACAUUCUCGAAGGUCACCUUUUGAUCGACAACAAACCCUUGGGCAGGCUUCCCACGGAGCAUCGUAACUCAGACAUCCUGUGUGGGCUCUUUGGCCAACAGAACCUGCUUGUCUACCCAUCCGGGCUCUACGGAAUGACGUACCAGCUGGCCAUCGCCGAGAAAGGCAAUGAAAUCCACGUCGGCUUCCGCAAUCGGAUGCUGAUCGUCCGUGUCCGGACUUGUGACAAAUACGGAGUCAGAAUCCUCGAGCUGAUCCCCCGAGAGGUUUUUAUUGAAAAUGGAGUAUACGACCUUCCAGCAUCCCUGGUCGAUGACUGUGCUCAUUGGUUGGAUCUCAAUAAUGGUCGUCUUGAGAUCCGUCCAGUCUCUGACAUGUGGGUUCGAAAGCUGAGCCACUGGUGGGUUGAUAUGAGGACGCAUGUUGCUUACCGUCGAGGCAGCCGCUUGGUUGAUCCACACAGCUCGCUCUUCCGCCAAUUUGCAGACGUUUUCCAGUACUUCGAACACCCACAGCGGCUAACACUGUACCAACCGCCGCAACCCCACCCAUUGACGGUUGAAUUGAGGCGACUGGAGCUCAACUUUUACGUGAACUUCAGGAACUGCCUUUGUUCCAGAGAGUUGAGAGCAGAGAUCGACCCGGACCAAGAUGCUGGGACUUGGUACGGACUGAACAGCAAGCUGGUUCUUCGUGAUUCGGUCAAUGCACAGAACCGUAGCAUUAUUGUUCCUUUGGGUUCCCUCUCGUAUCACCGCAACAAGUUUCACGUAGCAGUCAACGUGGUACCCAACGGAAACUAUGCCAGGUACACAAUCAAUACAGUCCUCGGUCGGCUUGAUUGUCCUGCAGAGCCAUGGCUACUGUAUUUCAAAGCACAGCUGCAUGCAUUUACAUCGGCAAUCCUUCCGGAUCCACUCACGGGACGCACAGGCACUGAGGAGGCUUUGCACCUACUGCGGUCCGGCAGCUGUCAGCCUUGGUCACCUUUGCAAACGGGUCCAUUAACGUGUCUCGUCCAGAUUGCCGGCCUGACUCCGACAAGAGAGUACUAUCCUGAAGGCCUGAAGCAGAUGCAGAAAGUUCACUGGAAUCCCAAUUUGACGAUCGCGAUCCAACGAGACGAGUUCUUACCGCUGGUGAAAACUAUCUGCAGGCGGUCCUCUGAACUGCUCAAUUUCGUCGAUUCAACUUCGGAGAAACCUCAGAUUCGAGAGCUUGACCUACAUCUGCUUCAGCGUAGCAUCAACCACAGGCAGCUCUACGAGCGUACCAGUGACGAGUCCCAGGAACGAUUCGCUCCGGAGGACGCAACUUACAUGGCCCGAGAUAAGCCAACGCUUACGAGAGAGCGCCAAAACGUAUUUGAAAGCGUGAAGCUCCUCACGAGAUGGUCCCCGAACCUUCCUACGACUUCAGAGCUUGGCCGAAUUCUGCAACAAUGGCCGAUCAUCCAAGGACAUGGCCAAAUCUUCAGCAAGGUCCUUCUGAGUGACUAUCUUGAUCUUCAAUUCGGGCUUCAUUGGGGCUCCCUGGUCGACUUCUGCCGUGAUGCAACGCAGGAUCUAGUUUACACUCUCAGCUUCAUGUUCGGUGCAUUGUCUUUCGAUGACAAUGCAAAUAUGGACAUAAUUCGGGUCCUUAUUGCUUUCACGAUAUCUGAGCAAUUGAAGAACUUGCAGCCUCCAGAAUGGCCCUCCUACUCGCAAUUCCGUCAAGGCCAUAUCCCCACUGUUGGCUACAUCGCGAAGCUUGUAAAGCAUUGCCGGAAGCCUUACUCAGGCGAUUAUCGGUCGGAAUUCGGUCUCAGCCUUUCCGCCAAGAUGCGGAAGAACUUGGAAGCACAGCAGCUUGCCCAUGAAGAAAAGGAAGAAAGGGACUGUAACGGCUUCGUGGGCUUCCUUCUCAAGCAAUGGCCCUGUGCAGAACCGACGCUUGAUGGUCUGCCACAGGAUUCCUUUCCCUUACUUGAUGUCAAGCAGGCCUUCGAGAUCAUCAAGCCGGAGUGGCUCCGGCUUUUCCAGAAUAUUGAAUUGUCUCAAUAUCUCGCACAGGUUCAGCAGAGACUUGAUCACUACUAUUCCCCGCCGAUCCCCUUGCAGAUGGAAUUGCCUUCCGAAGAAAAACACAUUCUCUUCCCUGGAGGUCGUGGCGAUGAAAUUCCCUCACUGUCAAAGGAUCUGCUUUGUAAAUCAAGCACCAUUACUCCGAAGAAAGCUUCCAAAGAUUCCGGAUCUUUGGUUGGGAUUGCGGGAGACAGCGUAGGCAGCAGCAUCAAGGAGAACAUUCCCACAGGCCCCAAGCAGCUCCGUCAAGCGAACACCUCAUCCACGAGGACCAGAGAGGUAGCUGAGCUAGAGCAAAUCGUUAGCGCUCUGUCGAACUCAAAGUCCACAGUCAAACAGCACUACGCACGAGACCUAAAGCAAAGCAUCGACUCGCUUAGGUCAUUGGACACUGACGCCAAGCUGCCAACAGACGCCAACUUGCCAGCGCAAAUGGUCGUUGCUGUUUCUGAAGCCCGGGAACAAGUUCAAGAUCACCUUAAUUCAAUCGAACAGAACCUGGCCCGCAACGAUCCGCGAGCAAAAUGGUUGAAAGCAGGUGGCCUGUGGCCAUGUACCACAACUGUGGCACUUCUGGAGCAAAUCCGCUCUACCUCUACUGCCGUCUUCGGCUCAGGGAUGAAAGAGAGUCUUGUUGACUUUGCAGUCUCCAUCACGCACCUUCAAAGAAUGCUACGUCUGCACGAUGCAUCUUUGAAAGACAACGAGCAGAAGCUCAAGGAAGAGCGAACGUACGCAGGGCACACCAAUUGGCAACCGGCCUGCUAUACCGACUGGCUACUGCUCGAGGUUGAUUCAAACAUCCUCAUUAGACCGGGACAGAUUGACGUCGCGCUUGCAACUAUUUCGCCAAGCUCGGGUGCCAAUUCUGUUCUUCAAAUGAACAUGGGUCAAGGAAAGACUUCUUGCAUCAUACCAAUGGUUGCAGCGUCGCUCGCAGAUACAAAACGACUCGUACGCAUCGUCGUUCCGAAUGCACUACUUUUACAGACGGCUCAAUUGCUGCAUGGAAGGCUUGGAGGCUUGUUGGGUCGUCAGAUCCGCCAUGUUCCUUUCUCACGCAAGACUCAAACUACUCAGAGCACCACCAAGGCUUUCUGGGACAUCCACAAGGAGAUGAUGAAAGACGCUGGAAUCAUGAUUGCUCUUCCAGAGCAUAUCAUGUCAUUCAUGCUCAGCGGCUUGCAGCGCCUGUCAGAUAACCGAAUCCCUGAGGCAACACCGAUGGUGAGAGUCCAAGCAUGGAUGCGCAAAGUCUGCCGUGAUGUCCUUGACGAGUCAGACUUUACCCUUGCCGUCCGUACUCAACUCAUCUACCCCUCUGGGCAACAGACUUCUGUGGAUGGUCAUCCACACCGUUGGGAAACGGCCCAAGCUCUUUUGAAACUGGUUGAAACACAUCUCUGGAAUCUGCAUCACGACUUCCCCCGGAGCAUCGAAGUCAUCAGUAGAUCAGCCGGAGGAUUCCCGCUUUUCUUCUUGUUAAGAAAGGACGUGGAAGAUGCUUUGGUUUCGCGUAUCGUGGACGACAUCACUCGUGGCAAGACUUCGAUCUUGCCAUGCCAAGAGUGUUCUGCUGCGGACAGGCAAGCUAUUCGAAGAUACCUCACGGAUUCCUUUGUCCCUCAGUCAACUGUGGACCGCAUCCAGACAAUGUUCACGGACACUCCUGUGGCCCGCCAGAGUCUCCACCACAUGAGAGGCCUUCUGGUACACAGGAUUCUACUACUCACGUUCAAGAAGCGCUGGUCCGUCCAAUAUGGCCUCCAUCCUUCUCGAGAUCCAAUUGCUGUCCCAUAUCAUGCCAAAGGUGUUCCUUCGGACCAGGCGGAAUGGGGUCAUCCUGACGUUGCCAUCUUGUUCACGUGUCUUUCUUUCUACUAUCAGGGCCUCUCAACAACUCAGCUACGGUACUGCUUGGAGGCCGUGGUGAAGUCGGACGACCCGUCAAGCGAAUAUGACCGUUGGAUGCACAGUGGUCCAAACAUACCCGGCUCGUUGAGGGAGUGGAAUGUCAUCAACGUGGACGACGAGUCCCAAUUGCACGAGCUAUGGCAGCAUCUGCGGUGCAGCAUUGUCGUGGUCAACUACUACCUGAACCACUUCGUGUUCCCCAAUCAUGCAAAGCAAUUUAAAAUCAAACUGCAGUCCUCGGGAUGGGACAUUCCGCUGGUGGCGUUGGCCCCAUCUCAAAACGGGAAACCCUCCAGCCAUCGGCCAUUGACGACAGGAUUCAGCGGAACGAACGACAACCGGACGUUGUUACCGUUGACUAUCAAGCAGCAGGAUCUCGCAGGUCUUUCUCACACCAACGCUGAAGUCAUUACGUACCUGUUGCAGCAACGUAACCGACGUUAUGUCCUUGCUGCCGAUCACCGUGGCAGGCGAAUCUCAGAGGAGGACUUUCUCAAACGUCUCGCAAAUCUCAAAAUCCGCAUCCUGAUAGAUGCCGGAGCUCAAAUCCUUGAGAUGGACAACCUUACCCUUGCUAAGUCGUGGCUACGCAUUGACUAUGAGGCGAAGGCGGCUCUUUACUUCCAGGCCAACAGACCUUUCAUCAUUUACCGCAAUGGCACCAAGGUUCCUCUUCUCGCAAGCCCAUUCGCUGACGACUUGAGCCAGUGCCUCGUUUACCUUGACGAGGCACAUACCCGUGGGACCGAUUUGAAAAUGCCGAUAGAUGCUACAGGCGCACUGACUUUGGGCCUUGGACAGACCAAGGAUCACACCGUACAAGCUGCAAUGAGGCUUCGACAGCUGGCAACGACGCAAUCAGUGGUGUUCUUUGCCACUCCGGAGGUCCAUCAGAGUAUUUUGGAUCAACGGCAAAUGAGCCGUAUGGGAAGACUAAUCGAUUCCUACGACGUUGUUUGUUGGCUUCUGGAGCAGACCUGUGCCGGACUCGAGCAACUUCAGCCGCUGUACUAUUCUCAGGGCAUAGAUUUCUGCCGCAGAUCGCAAGCUUUGAUCGACAGUCCUGAUAUCCUCACGGAUUCGCGCCAACGUGAAGAUUGUCUGAAGGCGCUCCGCCAGGUGGAGCAUCAAACGCUGGAGCAGAUGUAUAAGCCCAAGACGAAUACCAAGGUUUCGAACGCCUCUAAAUUGUUCUCUGCGGAGCUCGCAGUGUUCGUAAAGGAGCUCAACAAGAGGCGCAAGGGGUUCCAGGACAACGGAAACGCUGUUCAUGCGUCAGCUCUUCAAGAGGUGGAGCAAGAAAGAGAAGUCGCACAUGAAGUGGAGAGUGUGCGUGAGGUCCAAAAGCCGGUGUUUUUCUCAGGUGUCAAGUAUUCCGGCCUUCACAAGGACAUCGCAAGUUUCGCUCAGACCGGCAGGCUUGUGGCCGGCUCUUUUGCCUACGAGCACAUGUUCGUCUGCCUCCGUGGUACUGCUUUGGGAGCGAAACACAGAAUCAACGGCGAGGUCAUCAAGUCCAAGCUAUUCGUAUCGAAGGAGUUCCCGAGAACCGUCGUGCUGUCUCGCCCGAACGAUAAUUUCUUGCGCCAAGUCAACUGGAUACUUUGGAGCACGGAGACCGACACGGCGAUUCUCGUUGUCCCGGAAGAGGCGGAGGAGCUCAUCCCUCUUCUCCGCGAGGUCGAGAGCCCUGUCACCUACCUUCUUACUUACGCCGCUCCUGUCACUCGCAAGAUGGUCCACUUCAACGGCCUGAACUACUAUUCGAUUCCACCCAUGUCGCCCGAUUGGAAAGCUCCCGAAUGGUUGAGUAUGGAGCUGGGCCUCUUCGCCGGUCGCUUGUACUUCGAGUUCGACGAGUAUGCGGGAAUGAUGAAGUAUCUCGGCCUCCGCGAAGACGAGGUGGACGAUCUUGCCAACGGCGUCGACGGCGUGGAGCUGCCUGAUGGCUCUAACGAAUCCGAAGGCAGCGAAGAGGACGACAGGUCCUCAAGCUCAGGCUCCGGCAGUGGAGAACAGCGCGUCAGCAAGAAGGCGGUCCCUUUCACCGCCAAGCCUCUCACUUUCAUCCGCGAGUGGCUCGCCUCCCGCCGCAAGGGCCAGGACUUCACUCACACGCCCAUGGGCUUCGUCUGCCAAGGCCGCCCGCUCUCUGCCGAUCACCCUUUCUUCGCUAAGGUUGUUGAGGAGCCGACGUUGCCGGCGGUGUUGGGUCAUGCGAGGAGCGGUGCCAACGGUGUUAAUGGCAUGGCUAAUGGUGCUCUGGAGCAUGAGGAGGAAGAGUACGAUGAUGCGGAGGAAGAUAUGUGGUUCGAUGCCGAGGAGGAAGGUGUUACAGGAGAGGAGCAGGUGAAUGGCUUCGAGGAGAGUGAUGAGGAAGCCGAGGAUGAGGAGAGUAGCGAGAGUAGUGACGACGACGAUGACUAUGUGGGCUAUUGA